UUGUUUCAUUCAUUCGCAGAGGUAACCUAGAACCGGCGGUCCAUCACGUUUUGCGAUCCCAGUGAGAAACUUCGAGAAGUAAAGGUUUGCACCCUUUAUUUAAACGUUAUAUUCGCAUUUAUAUCACUUCAAAAUGUUGCGAUUACCUCGAGUUGUUCGCCAUUCCAUCUCUUUAAACAAAUGUCACCAAAACGCCAGAUUUUAUGCCAAAGAUGUGAGAUUCGGUGCUGAUGUAAGAGCCCUCAUGCUGCAAGGUGUGGAUGUCCUAGCCGACGCCGUUGCAGUCACAAUGGGCCCGAAAGGCCGAAACGUCAUUUUGGAACAAUCGUGGGGCUCUCCGAAAAUAACCAAAGACGGCGUGACAGUUGCUAAGGGAGUAGAACUGAAAGACAAAUUCCAGAACAUCGGCGCAAAACUAGUGCAGAACGUAGCCAAUAACACCAACGAGGAGGCCGGCGAUGGUACCACGACCGCCACAGUACUCGCGCGCGCGAUCGCGAAGGAGGGCUUCGAAAAAAUCUCAAAGGGUGCGAAUCCUAUUGAGAUCAGGCGCGGCGUGAUGCUGGCGGUCGACGCGGUCAAGGACAAGCUGAAGUCGAUGUCGAAGCCGGUGACCACUCCCGAGGAGAUCGCGCAGGUCGCGACCAUCUCCGCCAACGGCGACACCGCCAUCGGCCAGCUCAUCUCCGACGCCAUGAAGCGCGUCGGCAAGGACGGAGUCAUCACCGUCAAGGACGGCAAGACCCUCACUGACGAACUCGAAGUCAUUGAAGGUAUGAAAUUCGACAGAGGAUACAUUUCACCAUAUUUCAUCAACUCUUCCAAGGGGGCUAAAGUUGAGUUCCAGGAUGCUCUAGUCUUGUUCUCUGAGAAGAAAAUCAGCAAUGUGCAGACAAUCAUCCCCGCCCUGGAACUGGCUAACCAGCAGAGGAAGCCUCUGGUCAUUGUUGCUGAAGAUGUUGAUGGUGAGGCGCUGUCAACUUUGGUUGUGAACAGACUGAAGAUUGGCCUGCAGGUAGCAGCUGUCAAAGCUCCCGGUUUCGGAGACAACCGCAAGGCUACCCUCAGUGACAUGGCCAUUGCUGCUGGUGGUGUUGUGUUCGGAGAUGACGCCAAUCUCAUCAAGCUUGAAGAUGUGCAGCUUUCAGACCUUGGACAGGUAGGUGAAGUCACUAUUACUAAGGAUGAUACCCUUCUUCUGAAAGGAAAGGGCAAGAAAUCUGACAUUGACAGAAGGGCUGAGCAGAUUCGUGACCAGAUUGCUGAGACUACUUCAGAGUAUGAGAAGGAGAAGCUGCAAGAGCGCCUGGCGCGCCUCGCCUCUGGCGUCGCUGUUCUCCAUGUUGGAGGCUCCAGCGAGGUUGAGGUCAAUGAGAAGAAGGACCGCGUCACUGACGCCCUCAACGCCACACGCGCGGCCGUCGAGGAGGGUAUUGUUCCCGGAGGUGGAUCUGCUCUCCUCAGGUGCAUCCCUACCCUAGAGUCCCUCAAAACUGCCAACAGUGACCAGUCCACAGGAGUUGAAAUUAUCAAGAAGGCCCUAAGAAUGCCAUGCAUGACCAUUGCCCGCAAUGCUGGCAUUGAUGGAUCUGUAGUUGUUGCCAAAGUUGAGGACUUGGGACCUGAAUUCGGAUAUGAUGCGCUCAACAAUGAAUAUGUUAACAUGAUUGAAAAGGGAAUCAUUGACCCCACCAAGGUUGUAAGAACAGCCCUCACUGAUGCCAGUGGAGUAGCAUCCCUAUUGACCACAGCCGAGGCAGUCAUCUGCGACAUCCCCACUGAGAAGGAACCCAACCCGAUGGCUGGUAUGGGAGGCAUGGGCGGCAUGGGAGGUAUGGGAGGCAUGAUGUAAACCGCCUUUACAAUUUAACCAAUGCAUUUAUUGUGUAAAAGGACUUAAUAGUGCAUCACCCUUGUUAAGGUAUUGAAAUAUCGUAGUCUGAAUGUUAUACAAAUGUGAAGUGAAAUUGAAUGAAUAUUUUUUUUUAUGAGAGUCUGAUUGUGUUACAAAUGUAGAAAGACAAUUUUCUGUCUUUAGAUUUAUUUAGUUUUAAUUUUAGCUUGAGAACUUGAGCGGUGUUAUUUUUAAUAAAAAAUAAUGUUAUCAAAAAUGUUA